GAGUAUUGUGGGUUUCCUCCAUGAGGAAACACUUGCACGUUGUUGUGCAAACUCUCGAAGCUCACUUUUGCUGACUAGCGGACGCAUUGCGCCUGUUCUUCCUCACCCUUCGCCGAGCCCUUACCUGGUCGAUCAGUUGGCAGCUAUGGCGGUUGGACUUGGAGAGAUUGGAAUUCCCAUCUACAGCCCAGUUUCUGAGUCCUUAUAUCCACUUUUGGCUGUGCUUCUGCUCACGAUCGGGCUUUUAUUGACGGCGUCUUUUUUCAUCUAUGAGGUGACUUCGACCAAAUUAAGUCGAAGCCUGGUUCAUGAGUUCGCUACCGGUGGAUUAGCAUCCGUCUUCUUGGGUUUUGGGACCCUCUUCCUGCUUCUAUGGACGGGAGUGUAUGUGUAAGCAUACAAUAUUUUGUAAUGAUGUUCGUAGGAUUUUAGAAGCGAGUUUAGUACAAACAGGAAGACGGGUGUCCUUUACGAUAUCCCAAAUGUUGAACUCGCUUUUUCCAGAUAGAUUUCACGUCACAAGGUGGGACUCUGUUUAUUAAUUCAGGAGCAUGCAGCAUGUGAGGGGACUUGAAACUCUUGUGUACAAGGCAGUAAAGUAUUAACGUUGUCUGUACCAAUAUCUAUGUUCA